CCUCCUCAGUGACACACACAACCUUAGAGGGCACGACUACCUCUUCUUCAUCUACUGCAAACAGCCCAACAGCUUCAGGAAGUGCUUCCCCAGAAACAGCCACUCCAGGUAAGGUCACAAUCUUCUCAGCAGCUCCCUCCAUUAACAGCCACAUAACUCAGUCAACAACCGAUUCAUUGUCUACUGUGCCUAGUCUUGUCACUACCCCAGAAAUCAUGGGAAAUGUGUCCAAUCCUGUCACCAGCACCAUUUUGCCCACCGUCUCUGAGGUCUCUACAACAGGUGGACCAACAGAACAGUCAACCCCAACCUCCUCCAGCUCCUCUCCUGGGGAAACGUCAGCCAUUUCCCACAUGGCUCAGACUACAAGGAAUAUAACAACCAGAGGUUCUGAAACUUUCACUUCAGUCUCUCAGGUGACUGACACCUUCUCAACAGUCACAUCUCCACCUCCUUCACCACCCACAAACGGACACACAUUCCCACAAACCAUGGCAACCACCACAUCACCUUCAGGCACUAGCACAACAUUUCUCUCAUCCUCAGUCACCAACGGCCACACAAGUCAGACAGGUAAAGAAACUUCAUCAGUGGGGGAAACUGCAGGGCCAACGACGGUCAUUUCAACCACCCUGAGUGAUGUGACCUCAAGUUCUCCUCCCAAAAAUUUGUCCACAAGUGGAGAAGUUCUAGCAACAAGCUCAAGCUCAGACUUCCAUAAAAACAUCACUACAGCGAUCCUUAUGCCGACAGGUGGUCCUCGCAAUGACUCCAAAAAACCCACACAAGCAUCCACUUCCUCCGUGGGCAUAUCAAACACAUCCACCCAUGAGCCUUCUGCAACUGUUGAAACACUUACCUCUACUAGCAACCCCACGACGAGGACAAACUUUGUAAGUUCUACAAACACCCCUAGCAGUGCAGCUGGCUCCACACUUACUGUAUCACAAGAACCCGUAUCCCACCCAUCUCUCGGCACCACCUCUGCGACCUCUUCAGAAACCACUACUCCACAACCAACCUCGAGCUAUACCUCCGCUCACAUGCCUACCUCUCCAGUGGCCCCAACCAGUAACACUAACAAAGCAACAGAAUUGGGAUCUACUACCACCACUCCUGUCGUCACCCGAGGGAAUCCAGUAGCCAUAUCAGAUGCUGCCACUAACAACACAACUUCUGACGGCUCCACAACAGAAGGCCCUACAAGGCAGUCAACACCAAUCUCUAUCCGCACCUCUGUUCAGCAAUCAUCGGCUGUUUCCCAGAUAGGCCACACUCUGGGCUCACAUUCCACCCAAGAAUCUCAAAUCACAGGUUCUGUUUCCCCCAUGACCGACAACAUCAAUACGGUCACAUCUCCAACUCCUUCCUUCAAACUGAGUGGGCCUUCACCGUCAGGAACAUUUCCUCAGGACACAUCGGCCACAAGUGGAGGAACAACCUUCACCAUAUCACAGCCCACGGAUAUAAUGAACAAAACCCAAGUCACAGGAGGACUGCUGGCAACACCAACCAGCCCUGACACCACCCUGGGAGCCUCAACAGACACAGCCCAUUCCAUAGCAAGCACCACUCCUCAAGUCACCUCCCUAUUCUCCACAUCAGGGGGGCCAGCAGGACAAUCAGCAGGCCCUUCUACCACAACCUCCCCGGAUGCAACGUCAGCCUUUUUCCAAACCCACCAAACUCAGAGCAUAGAGACCACUGGACAACCUGACACCAGCAAACCAGCCUCCUCAGUGACACACACAACCUUAGAGGGCACGACUACCUCUUCUUCAUCUACUGCAAACAGCCCAACAGCUUCAGGAAGUGCUUCCCCAGAAACAGCCACUCCAGGUAAGGUCACAAUCUUCUCAGCAGCUCCCUCCAUUAACAGCCACAUAACUCAGUCAACAACCGAUUCAUUGUCUACUGUGCCUAGUCUUGUCACUACCCCAGAAAUCAUGGGAAAUGUGUCCAAUCCUGUCACCAGCACCAUUUUGCCCACCGUCUCUGAGGUCUCUACAACAGGUGGACCAACAGAACAGUCAACCCCAACCUCCUCCAGCUCCUCUCCUGGGGAAACGUCAGCCAUUUCCCACAUGGCUCAGACUACAAGGAAUAUAACAACCAGAGGUUCUGAAACUUUCACUUCAGUCUCUCAGGUGACUGACACCAUCUCAACAGUCACAUCUCCACCUCCUUCACCACCAACAAACGGACACACGUUCCCACAAACCAUGGCAACCACCACAUCACCUUCAGGCACUAGCACAACAUUUCUCUCAUCCUCAGUCACCAACGGCCACACAAGUCAGACAGGUAAAGAAACUUCAUCAGUGGGGGAAACUGCAGGGCCAACGACGGUCAUUUCAACCACCCUGAGUGAUGUGACCUCAAGUUCUCCUCCCAAAAAUUUGUCCACAAGUGGAGAAGUUCUAGCAACAAGCUCAAGCUCAGACUUCCAUAAAAACAUCACUACAGCGAUCCUUAUGCCGACAGGUGGUCCUCGCAAUGACUCCAAAAAACCCACACAAGCAUCCACUUCCUCCGUGGGCAUAUCAAACACAUCCACCCAUGAGCCUUCUGCAACUGUUGAAACACUUACCUCUACUAGCAACCCCACGACGAGGACAAACUUUGUAAGUUCUACAAACACCCCUAGCAGUGCAGCUGGCUCCACACUUACUGUAUCACAAGAACCCGUAUCCCACCCAUCUCUCGGCACCACCUCUGCGACCUCUUCAGAAACCACUACUCCACAACCAACCUCGAGCUAUACCUCCGCUCACAUGCCUACCUCUCCAGUGGCCCCAACCAGUAACACUAACAAAGCAACAGAAUUGGGGUCUACUACCACCACUCCUGUCGUCACCCGAGGGAAUCCAGUAGCCAUAUCAGAUGCUGCCACUAACAACACAACUUCUGACGGCUCCACAACAGAAGGCCCUACAAGGCAGUCAACACCAAUCUCUAUCCGCACCUCUGUUCAGCAAUCAUCGGCUGUUUCCCAGAUAGGCCACACUCUGGGCUCACAUUCCACCCAAGAAUCUCAAAUCACAGGUUCUGUUUCCCCCAUGACCGACAACAUCAAUACGGUCACAUCUCCAACUCCUUCCUUCAAACUGAGUGGGCCUUCACCGUCAGGAACAUUUCCUCAGGACACAUCGGCCACAAGUGGAGGAACAACCUUCACCAUAUCACAGCCCACGGAUAUAAUGAACAAAACCCAAGUCACAGGAGGACUGCUGGCAACACCAACCAGCCCUGACACCACCCUGGGAGCCUCAACAGACACAGCCCAUUCCAUAGCAAGCACCACUCCUCAAGUCACCUCCCUAUUCUCCACAUCAGGGGGGCCAGCAGGACAAUCAGCAGGCCCUUCUACCACAACCUCCCCGGAUGCAACGUCAGCCUUUUUCCAAACCCACCAAACUCAGAGCAUAGAGACCACUGGACAACCUGACACCAGCAAACCAGCCUCCUCAGUGACACACACAACCUUAGAGGGCACGACUACCUCUUCUUCAUCUACUGCAAACAGCCCAACAGCUUCAGGAAGUGCUUCCCCAGAAACAGCCACUCCAGGUAAGGUCACAAUCUUCUCAGCAGCUCCCUCCAUUAACAGCCACAUAACUCAGUCAACAACCGAUUCAUUGUCUACUGUGCCUAGUCUUGUCACUACCCCAGAAAUCAUGGGAAAUGUGUCCAAUCCUGUCACCAGCACCAUUUUGCCCACCGUCUCUGAGGUCUCUACAACAGGUGGACCAACAGAACAGUCAACCCCAACCUCCUCCAGCUCCUCUCCUGGGGAAACGUCAGCCAUUUCCCACAUGGCUCAGACUACAAGGAAUAUAACAACCAGAGGUUCUGAAACUUUCACUUCAGUCUCUCAGGUGACUGACACCAUCUCAACAGUCACAUCUCCACCUCCUUCACCAACAUCCAAUGGACACAGGUCUCCACAAACCAUAGCCCCCACCCUAUUACCUUCGGACACUAGCACCACGUUUUUCCCAACCCCAGUUAGCAACGGCCACACAAUUCAGACAUCAAUACAAGCAUUGUGGUCCUCGCAAUGA